AGGGAUUGAAAGAGAGAUGUGAGGAAAAGACAGGAGGAGAGAGGAGGCACAGCUUAGUGAAAGAGAAACCUUUCUCUUCACAGCGUCAAUCUGAGCAACGUCAGACCAUCCACCAGUAAAGCCUAAAAAUGUGUGACGACGACGAGACCACCGCCCUCGUGUGCGACAAUGGCUCUGGCUUGGUCAAGGCUGGAUUCGCCGGAGAUGACGCUCCCCGUGCUGUCUUCCCUUCCAUUGUUGGAAGGCCCCGCCACCAGGGUGUGAUGGUGGGUAUGGGUCAGAAGGACAGCUACGUAGGCGAUGAGGCCCAGAGUAAAAGGGGUAUCCUGACCCUGAAGUACCCCAUUGAGCAUGGCAUCAUCACCAACUGGGAUGACAUGGAGAGGAUCUGGCACCACACCUUUUACAAUGAGCUGCGUGUGGCCCCUGAAGAGCACCCCACCCUGCUCACUGAGGCCCCCUUUAACCCCAAAGCCAACAGGGAGAAGAUGACCCAGAUCAUGUUUGAGACCUUUAAUGUCCCUGCCAUGUAUGUGGCCAUCCAGGCUGUCCUGUCCCUGUAUGCCUCUGGCCGUACCACUGGUAUCGUGCUGGACUCUGGUGAUGGUGUGACCCACAACGUCCCCAUCUAUGAGGGUUACGCUCUCCCACACGCCAUCAUGCGUCUGGAUCUUGCUGGCCGUGACCUGACCGACUACCUGAUGAAAAUUCUGACUGAGCGUGGCUACUCCUUUGUCACAACUGCUGAGCGUGAGAUUGUGCGUGACAUCAAGGAGAAGCUGUGCUAUGUGGCUCUUGACUUUGAGAACGAGAUGGCCACUGCUGCCUCCUCCUCCUCCCUGGAGAAGAGCUAUGAGCUGCCCGACGGUCAGGUCAUCACCAUUGGUAAUGAGCGUUUCCGUUGCCCAGAGACCCUGUUCCAGCCUUCUUUCAUUGGUAUGGAAUCUGCUGGCAUCCAUGAAACCGCCUACAACAGCAUCAUGAAGUGUGACAUUGACAUCCGUAAGGACCUGUACGCCAACAACGUGCUGUCUGGUGGUACCACCAUGUACCCUGGUAUUGCUGAUCGUAUGCAGAAGGAAAUCACAGCCCUAGCCCCCAGCACCAUGAAGAUCAAGAUCAUUGCUCCCCCUGAGAGGAAGUACUCCGUCUGGAUCGGCGGUUCCAUCCUGGCCUCUCUGUCCACCUUCCAGCAGAUGUGGAUCAGCAAGCAGGAGUACGAUGAGGCCGGCCCCUCCAUCGUCCACAGGAAGUGCUUCUAAACACACAUUCAACCUCCUUUUGUCCGUGCAUUUGUACGCUGUUGUCUCCUGUAUAUAUGUGUAUGUUCUGUAAUAAAGAUAAGCCCUUGUGAGAGAGCCACCUGUUCUGUGUUUGGAAUUUGCAGCAGGUUUAGGUAGUGUUGUAAACUGCUCCACGACUAAUUUUGAAAAAUCUUUGCUGAAACACUAUGAAGAUAAACACUUUUAGAUGUACUCAACCCCCAAAACAACCAUGCAACCCUUAAAUUCUUACAGAAGAAAGAGAUACAUGCAAAAUACAAGCUUGUUUGGAUAUAGAGUUUCUAAGUCUAUUCAAGAUUUAAUUGGUGGGGGAAACAGGAGCACCCGGCGCAAACCCAGAAGGAUGAUGGAACCCCAAAGCAGGAACCCAACCUGACUGUAUGCUCGCCAUUGGUGACAUUUUGACUAACUGCAUUCAAUUUAAAUGUGCCGUUUAUGCUCUCAACUUAAAAUAAUGACAAACUGGUGUUUAGAUAGACAGGAUUCUCUAUGGGUAAGGCUUGAAUCUUUAGCUUGUCAACCCAGACAGUUAAAAUCACUUUUGUUUAUCAAUAAUAUAGAUCAGCUGAAAGCACUCCAUAAUAACUCUGUUGUCUUCAAUACACUGCUGGUCAGGAGAGAUAUUAGAGGAUACUUAAAAAUUCCUUCUAUUCUAUCUGUUUGGUCACCUCUAUCAUUAAAUCCAGAUUUUCCUCGUCAAAUCAGAGCUAUUAGUCUAUUAGAAUGGUCCUCUAAAGGUCUCUCAGAUUUUACUGGCCUGUUGAUCUCUUGCUCCUUUAAGACAUUCGAGCAAAUUAAAAAUGACUUUGAUAUUCUUCAUAAAGACUUUAUCAGGUAUUUUCAAAUUCGUUAUUUCACUGUGUCUUUUUUGGAGAAAGAUUCAGUCCAACUGAUACUGUCAGAACUUGAGAGUGUUGUAGUCUCCUGCAAAACACUUAAAGGUAUUAUCUCCAAGUUUUACACGCUGUUGCUGCACUCUGAUUCAUCAGUUUUUGAAUCUCUGAGGCUGCUGUGGGAGCGUGAUCUGGGGGUGACAUUCAGUGCUAUCGAUUGCGAAAGGAUCUGCAGUGAAAUUUUUCCAAAAUAUACUUCAAUCUCUUUACAUGAACACAAUUUUAAAUUCUUUCAUAGAACAUAUUUUACACCAGUUCGCCUUCAGAGAAUGUUCCCAAACACUUCAAAUCUUCGUUUAAAUGCAAGAUUCAAAAAGAUACAUCUAUUCAUAUGUUUUGGUCAUGUAACUUUGAUCAAACAUUUUGGAAAGAAGUCCAUUCUGUGAUUACGGAGAUCACUGGCAAACAGUUCCCAUUGUCUUCUUCAUUUAUUUGUUGAAUCAUAUGCCUAACAGUCUUUUUAAUAUAGAUGUUAAAUCACUGUUAACAAUUCUCUUGUUUCUGGUGAAAAAGUGUAUCUUGCUGCGUUGGUCUGCUGGAUUUCACAAAUUGCAGCCUUUUUCCCUUUGGAGAAACUGAUUCAUGACUUCAGCCACAAAUCUGAUAAAUUCUGGACAUUAUGGAACCCCUUGGACUCAUUACUUCAAAAACACUAAAGGCGGUUUUUAGUUUCAAAUGAUCUAUUUUUGUUGCCGGCUGACUCUGUCUGUGUUGCUUUAGUUGUACUGUCACACAGCAUUAUUGUAUUCAGCUAUCCUGCUUGUUCAAUCUCACACCUUUUGUGUAAACAUGACAAAAUAUUUUAUUUUGAUGCAAUUUAUGUUUAAAAGUCUGUAUGUGAUUGUCCUUUGCAGCGCUUGUCACCAUUUUGGGGUGGGUUUGUUCUGUUGUGUUUGUCUUUUUUGUGUUGUUUUAUUUCAGCUCUGCUUUGUUUGUAUCAUUAAGAUAUAAAAUCCUAUUUAAAAAAAUAUUUAAAAAAAAAAUCUGACACCACACCUAAAUAGAAGCCAUAAACCGUCAAAAUGCCAACUGUUGGAAACAACACAGUGAAGAUCAAG